AGAUCACGACGUUAACCAAAACAAUCCUGUCACUUCUCGGCGCCGCUCUAAUCGGAAUCACAAGCCAGACUUUUUCAUUCUCUCUCGUCACUGCCAGAGUCCGCAUAGAAACCCGAGGUCGCCUUUCAAGAACUGUCACCGCCGUAUCCCUUGAUUUGCUGCAGAAGGCUUGAAACGAAGUUCUUUGGAGACUUUAUAAAAUGGCCUGGACUAAUCUAGGUGCAUAUGCGGCACUGGUUUUAUGUAUAUGUACGAGUACAGCUUUCCCAGUCUCGGAAACCAAGAAUGAACUUAAAGAAAUUGUCUCAACGCUAAUCGGAAGGGAACACGAGAAAGAGACACAUAACAGACCAGGGGUUCCAGCGGAAGUUGAAGAGGACGGAAAUACGCAAGACCGGAAGUUAAACGCCGACAUUGCAGGUGACUACGAAGGAUUUGACAAGGAGUCAGUCGUUAAAAGGGUUCCUUGGUACAACGCCCGAGACUAUGACGGAUACAAGAGGUUCGGUGGAUUUGAUUCGAUCAAUCACUAUAGCAGUUUUGGGAAAUUCCAAAAAAGGAAAAAUGAGGAAGCGGCCGUAGAUGACUCCAAAAACUUGCUAGAUCGUCUGAAACGGGCUGCCUUCGAUUCUAUACACCAUUACAGCAGCUUCGGGAAGUUCAACAAGCGGUCUGUGGACAGAGCGUACUUCAACCGCGGAUAUGUGGCCAUGCCCUCUUGGAAACGGCGGGCAUUCGACUCGAUCCACCAUUACUCCGACUUUGGGAAAUUCAGCAAGAGGAAAUGAGCUACAUCUGAAUGGUAUACAUAGAACUGCCAUAGAUCAAAUUUAUCUGGGUGUCUUUCACAACAGCUUUCACUUCACGCCAUCAGAGCACGUCGACUUCAAUUAGCUUCUUUAAAAUUCAAGUAGAAAGGUUGUGAUAAGUCAGUGACUGCGUCACCGCAAAAAGGAUUCUUUUCUAGCAAGCUAAACAAUGUACAUGGGACAACACAUGUCCAAUGCUUUAAGACGAUACAAACUGGGCAUUAUCAAAUUUCAACUAAGUUUGCUCUUUCCCACCCCAAACUGUAACACUUUAUACAGGAUCUUCAACUUUCUGUCAACAGAGGCGUUAAAUUGCUUGCAUCCAGCCAAGCGGACGAAGGGUCUGCAAAAUUGGACUAGGCACCGCUAAACACAUUAGCAUCGGGCCAAGGGGAAGUGUAAAUUUUCAGAUCUAAGUCUCUUCUGUAUUUCCCAACAAAUGCACAUUUUUCAAGUUUGAACACAUGUGUAUCAAAUACGACAAAUUUUGUGUUCUGUGCUUGCUGGUCACCUCAUUUUUCUAAUCGUGCCUCUACUUAGUUUGCAGAGUCAUUUAAGUACCUUUGUAAUAGUUAAAAAGGUAACUUUUAUGUAGAUAGCCAAUUUGUUGAGUUAUGUAUUUAUGUAAUAUGCUAUCAUUUUAUUAUCAGUCUAUAAUCCAGCGUAAAAGCUUGCCGUAGGGUGCUAAUCUAUUAUAUUUUAUGUGUAUCUUACAUAUAUAUUUUAAUUUCACCUUCAAUCCACAUUUCCAUCAAAUUUUCUAUCAAUUUUGUUUGGAAAUACAGGCUAGGUGCAUUGCAAUUGUACAUAUUUGUUAGCCUUAUUUAUUACAAUUGUAUAAAACCUUACUUAAUUGACCUAUGUCAAAAUACAAACCUUUGUCUGUCGUCCUUCCGAUAACUAAAUACAAUUCCUCCGCGACGAAAUACGAUUCAUGAAGACCAUAUUGUGUUUCAUUAUUUACACAUUUUCUAGUUAUAUUUGAUCUUUGCUCUAAAUUAUUUUAAGCGUAAUAAACUGCACUCUAUUUUUUAUACA